AAUUGGUCGUCCUCCGGCCGCUUUAGACACUACGCAGCAGCUGCCGUCGCGUUGUAUAAAUAGUCUUUGGUCGCAGACGAAGACUUACCAUUUCUCACUCGGCUACCACUGUACACAUUUGUCGCGGAAUCGACCGUUGUUCUGCAGGGGAAAAUUGGAUUCAACAUGAAAACGUUUGUGAUUGUAGCGCUGCUCGUCACCUUGGUGAUGGUCGGUGCGCUGGCCAAUCCUGUGGCACCUGUGGCUGCCGACGAGGAGGCUGAUAAUGACGGACACGAUCUUGAAACGGCCGAAUCAUUGUUGGAAAUUAUUGAAAAGAAAAUCGCCAAACUCAUCAAGAAAUGUGUGAAGCAUGGAGGCUGCCAAUCUUUUUACAGCCAACCUUAUUACAGCCACUCAUCAGAUUAUGGUUACGGAUCCAGCAGCUACGGAUCGAGUCAUGGUAGUGGCUAUGAACCUAGUUAUAGUGGUUAUGCACCUAGUUACGGUGGUUAUGCAUCCAGUUACGGAGGUGGCUACGGAGGUGGUGCGGGAUACGGAUAUUAACAUGAAUGUUGUUGUUAGCGGUCGUUCUUUUAAUUCGUGUUUUAAUUGGAAUUGAGCCUUAUUUAUUUCCCGCCAGUUUUUGAAACCCAGGAAUAUUUCUAAAUUAUUUGCUGAAAUUUUAUUUUAUCUUAAAUUGGACAUUCCGCAAUAGGAAUUUAUUGUGUGCAUCUAUUUAUUAUUUUUUAAAUUCUAGAUGAGAGGAUUUUUUAAAUUUGUAAACUAUUUUGUUUUGUUUCCCCCAGAGUAAAUGCAACACUGUGUAUCAGCAAAUGUGUUUGACUUGUUGCGUUUGUAGUUCUGGAAAAAUAUCGAAGAAUAAAUCGAGUUUCGAAUUUG